AUGUCGCAAACCUACCAAAGCUACGAACACGCCGAUCCAACCCAAACCGCCCGGGGCGCAGUGGGUGGCGGAUCCUCGACAGGCGCCCCAGGUCUCCCAACAGGUGUCCACGAUACACUGUCCCAGUACGACGAAACCAGGGGCUACAACCCCGCCACAGGAGCCAGUUAUUCGAAAUCAUCAGCGGGUGGACCAAGCCAGACCAGCCAGCGACCGCUCUCGCCGUCGCCGUCUCGCAGCGAUGACCGGUUGAUCGGGGAAGCGCCACUCCCACACACGGCGAGUACGGCGCAACGGGCGGAAACGGAGGAUCGAUCGGCUUCUAGCUCUAGAGCUGCACAGUUUGGUGAGGGAUUUGGAGAUAAAGUCAAGGGCGCUGCGGCAUCGGUUCAUGGUGCUGGAGAGUCAUUGCGUGGAGCGCUGAAUACGGCUGUUGAUCGGGCUUUUGGAUCCACUGAGGGUGUUGAGAGGAAUGAGGAGAUUGCGAAUAAAGGCGCGGAGGAGAUUCGGUCUGGUCAGUUAUCGGGAAAGAGAUAUGCCAAGUAG